UUUACGUGACGUAGCCCCGCCCCCAGCCCGCGUGCUGCGAGCUCAGUCCCGGAGUCUCGCGACCAGCUCAGUCCCGGAGUCUCGCGACCAGCUCAGUCCCGGAGUCUCGCGACCAGCUCAGUCCCGGAGUCUCGCGACCAGCUCAGUCCCGGAGUCUCGCGACUAGCUCAGUCCCGGAGUCUCGCGACCAGCUCAGUCCCGGAGUCUCGCGACCAGCUCAGUCCCGGAGUCUCGCGACCAGCUCAGUCCCGGAGUCUCGCGACCAGCGCACCCGCUCCGUACCGAGCGGACCCAGACGGACCGAGCGGACCCAGACGGACCCAGACGGACCGAGCGGACCCAGACGGACCGAGCGGACCCAGACGGACCGAGCGGACGACGUCAACGAAAAGGAGCUCGUGCGGGUCUUCAGACAGUAAGCGGUCCUAUGAUGGAGGAGCUUCACGACGUCCAGCUGACGGAGAUCAAACCUCUCCUGACAGGACAGAACGGGAGGAAUCUCCAGGACUUUGACUGCCAGGAGCAUGACGUGGAGACGGCCCACGGCGUGCUGCACGUCACCAUGAGGGGAGUUGCUAGGGGCAACCGACCGACAAUCCUCACCUACCACGACAUCGGACUCAACCAUAAGUCUUGUUUCAACAGCCUGUUUAACUACGAGGACAUGCUGGAAGUGACGCAGCAUUUCUCAGUUCUGCACGUUGAUGCUCCGGGACAGCAGGAGAACGCUCCUGCGUUCCCCACCGGGUACCAGUACCCCACCAUGGAUGAGCUGGCUGAGAUGCUGCCGUCUGUCCUGAAACAGCUUCAGGUGAAGAGUGUGAUUGGUAUCGGCGUGGGAGCUGGAGCUUAUGUUCUCACCAAACUGGCGCUGACUGAGCCCACUCUGGUGGAGGGGCUGGUUCUGAUCGACGUCGACCCCUGUGCUAAAGGAUGGAUGGACUGGGCCGCCUCGAAGCUGAGCGGCUGGACCAGCAACCUGGUGGACAUGAUCAUGGGACACUACUUCAGCGCUGACGAGCUGACGGAGAACACGGAGAUCGUCCAGACGUACAGACUCCACGUCUCUCAGGACGUCCCGCAGGACAACCUGGCCAUGUUCUACAACAGCUACAGCAGUCGUACUGAGUUGCAGAUGGAGCGUCCUAUCCCUGGUCUCAAUGAAAACACCGUCACCACACUCAGGUGUCCCUCUCUGCUGGUGGUUGGAGACACGUCGCCUGCUGUCGAUGUCGUGGUGGAGUGUAACUCCAGACUGAACCCCACCAAGACCACCCUGCUCAAGAUGGCGGACUGUGGAGGACUUCCCCAGGUGGUGCAGCCCGGAAAACUGGCAGAGGCCUUCAAGUACUUUGUCCAGGGGAUGGGCUACAUGCCCACAGCUGGUAUGACCCGGCUGGUCCGCUCCAGGACCCACUCGGCCUCCAGCGUGGGCUCAGCUGAUGGCGUCCGGAGCCGCGCCGCGCCCUCGCUGCCAGAGGGCGCCGCCCCCUCGCUGCCAGAGGGCGCCGCCCCCUCCAUCCCCGGACUCACGGCGGACCGCGCCAUCGAACUGAGCGCGUAGGACUCCGCCCCCUCUGUGUAGAAGUAGACAGACGCCUGUAGGUCUGACCGGCGUCGGCCAUGUUGGCUCCCGUGCUCCCCCUCCUGGCCCGGAGCCGUAACUACAUGCAGCUGGUUCACAUUUAUUAUUCUUAUAACUUCUUUAUUUAGUUUGGCCGUUAUGUUGUUGGUGGUUCUUCCUCCACAUGGAGUUACAGUAACUUCAAGGUAAUGUGUCACCUGACCAUACAGGUGUUAAGGUCAUAGUUCAGUUUCCUGUGCCCCCCCCCCCCCCCCCUUGUUCUGGCAUGCGGUCGUUCUAACGUGGUUUUCAGUGUUUGUGGCCUGAAAGCUGCCGGCAGGGUUUUAUUGAUUAUUGAUUGUUUGACCUGAUGACCUUUAACUGUCGCAGCGUGUUUGAGGCCCUCACUAUGGAGCCAAUAUUCAGUCUCAUGAAAGUCUAAAUAUUAAUCUAUAUUUGAUUCAUAACAAGAACAAAAGUGACGUUUUGAGUUGUUUUCUCUGAAUAUUCCGCCUCAUUUAUAAAUGUUACUGUUCUUAAUAUUUAUUACUUUUUUGAGAUUUGUACUGACGUUGUUUCUGAGGUUUGUUGUUCAGCACUUUGAAUGUAAACAAGGUUUGUAAUGAAAUAAAGCUCAUUAAUCCAGAA